AGACAACAUCGGAAUUUUUCAAGUAUGUCCUAUGCAAGCUUGAAAGGCUGUUAAUCUUGUGAACACUCAUUGACCUCAUUGUGUAUAGUUAUUCUGAUAACAUGGUGGAAAGCUUUGGUGUCUACAUUUAAAACUUCAAGACAUUGUUUACAUUGUUGUGUUCAGAAGGGAAUGAACAUCAGGCUUUGAAAUUAAGCAAUCAUUCUCAAUCAAAACUCAGCUUGUUUACUAAUCAUACGGUCAAACACAAACCAAACGUAUGCUAUCUGCCCACAGGAUUGUUGUACAUCUAAGUAGUUACUAGUAGCAGUUACAUAUUGACUUUCUCUGAGGUGAUGAUUACUAUCUUUUAGGUAAAACUGUGUUAAAGUCUGUUGGAAACCAACAAGCUCUUGCCUUUCACUUAGCGUGAUGACUCAUUCUUAUUGCAAUGUUUUCACCAGGAGCACAUCAGCAUCGCCUACAGGGUGCACGUAUACAUAUAUAUAGGGCCAGCAGAUGUAAAUCUGAGUAUGACCUUGCAUGUGUUAAGUUUAAUUCUGUUUUCUCAUAGUUAGGGCAUUUAGCUUAUUUGUUUUGAAGUUUCACAUGAUUUUUUUUUGUAAAGUCGUUGCGUUUGAUAUUGGCGGAAACUGUGCGUCUGUGUGGGGACAUUUCACUCUAUUUAUAUGUGAGUGGUAGGUAGUACGCGAAACACUAGCAGUUUUUUUAAAUUUACGGUUAGCCUUUGAUGCUGCUGACGUGUUUGCGCCCACGAACCAAAGGGGAUCGCAAAUCCUUUACACGACGGGAUGGAUGAUCCUAUGUUGCAGGCUACAACCAGCAGUUUAACAUCUGAUUCAACCCCCAAAGGAACAUCCACAAAAGAGACAACGAAUUAUGCUCGGCUAUGUCGUCUUUUGAUUGAUGUCGGUUCCCAGGCUCCAAGAGAUAUAUUUAAUAGCAUACAUCCCCCAGCAAGUCUCCGGGCUGUUCUUGAAGUAAACAGACCUACUCUACAGAAACUGAGGUCAAGGAGAGUCCUCAAUGCAACACAGUGGAGCAAGUUGUACCCUGCCAUAGCCACGUCAGUGUCAUCAGCAAACUUUGAUAUCACCCUUAUUUUUGUUCUUCUGAGGAAUAUUUGUGGUUUGAAUCCUCCUGCAACCACAGGAUCUUGGGACAUACUUCCACCAACAAGAGAGCCGAGUGCCGAGGCAGAUAUUGUCCGCCUGAAAUGUUUCAGAAAUGAUAUUUAUGCUCAUGCAGAGAGGGCAUCUUUGUCUGAUUUUCAGUUUGCUUCUCACUGGCAGGAGAUAAGUGAAACUCUAGUGAGAUUAGGAGGAAAGAGUUAUGAAAGUGCAAUCAAUAAUCUUAAGACUGAGUCUAUAGAUCCUGAGAUGGAGGUGCAUUACAAAAAGGUUCUUGAAGAAUGGAAGAAAAAUGAAGACAAUGUAAAGGGCAUGCUGGAUGAAAUUAAAAGGGAAGUAGGAAAUGUCAGCCAAAAAGUUGAUGACUUAACAGCAGCAGUUGUCCCAAACAGGGGAAAUGUAACCAUAAAGAUUGUGAUUGAAGUAGACAGAGUCACCUUUAAAGAUACAAAACAAUGGGAUCCUGCACAACAGGAAGAAGUAAGGCGAAAAUUGAUGUCGGAGAUGUCUAAAACAUUUUUUGAGACCAGAGCAGAUAGGAUUGCGAUCGAGGAUAUACCCAGUCACCUACAAAAUUACCUGGAAAGCGUACUUGACUUGCCGAUAGUGACAGCUAUGGAGGGAAGUUUGAUACUUACAGUCCAUUGUCGCACAUUGGAAAUUCUUGAACGUUUGUGGAAAGAAUAUUGUUCUGGUCAUCUGAAUGCAGUAGCAGAAAAGUUUUUCAUGACUGAUGACAUUCAAGAAAGAUUUGACGUGGAUUCUAUCACAUUGAAAACAACAAUUUUGAAGGAGGAAUACCUGGCUUGUAAAUUGUCACUAAUGGAUUUGGCAGAUUUUUAA